UACAGAGCCCAUCAAAAUUAACCACAAGAAAAAGCGUACUGUUGGCUUGAGGAAAGGGAAACUCGAGUGCAGAAUUUUGAUUUACAGAAUAAAUUGUUUCUCAAAUCUCUCCAGCGUUCUCAAAUACUAUCGAUUACAAUGAUGCAUUUGGCCGAUUCAGCUCCAGUUACGAACAAUUUGCUCGCCUCGGAAGCCGAUUCUCAGAGAACUCUGUAUCCGUAUGUUACAGGGACCUCAGUGAUCGGGAUUAAGUACAAAGAUGGACUUCUCUUUGCCGCUGAUAUGGGAGGUUCAUAUGGGUCCACCCUUCGUUACAAGUCCGUGGAAAGACUAAAGUCGGUGGGGAAACAUUCUGUUAUUGGUGCUAGUGGCGAGAUCAGUGAUUUCCAGGAGAUCAUGCGGUAUCUUGAUGAGCUUAUCUUAUAUGAUAACAUGUGGGAUGAUGGAAAUUCCUUGGGUCCGAAAGAGGUGCAUAACUAUCUGACUAGGGUGAUGUAUAAUCGCCGCAAUAAGUUCAAUCCGCUAUGGAAUUCACUGGUACUUGGUGGUAUAAAAAACGGACAGAAGUAUCUUGGAACAGUUAGCAUGAUUGGAGUGAAUUAUGAGGACGACCAUGUUGCAACUGGGUUUGGAAACCACCUAGCUAGGCCGAUUCUUCGUGAUGAAUGGCACGAGGACAUGACUUAUGAAGAGGGUGUGAAGUUACUGGAGAAAUGCAUGCGGGUGCUUCUCUACCGUGACAGAUCAGCUGUCAACAAACUUCAGAUUGCAAAGAUCACAGACGAGGGCUUCACACUUUCUGAGCCAUACUCAUUGAAGACCUUCUGGGAUUUCAAUGCUUUCAAAAAUCCCACUCUUGGCGCUGAGGGUUCUUGGUAGUUUUAUCGAUUCUCAAAUAUAUUCUGCAGGUUUCGGUUGUAUUCGUAUCUUUACUUAAAACAGGGUUGAAUCUUUUCUGCUAUGCUGACAUAUACAUUUAGAAACGAAUUUGAUAAAUUUGUUAAACCAUGAAUCAUAUGCGUGCUUUAUCAA